AUGCCCCGAAAACCUACCAAGCCCACGAAGUCUGCGUCAUCCCGCGGUUCCGUGAAGCGCGCCGCUCCGGUAACACCCAGUCGCCAGUCGAAGAGAGCGAAGUCAACGACCAAGACAUCUUAUGCAGAAGCGGAGUCGGAUGAUGAUAUGGAGAGGCCAAGCGCAGCGCCAUCCGACGAAGAUACAGCAGCGCAAUCUGAUUACGAACAGGAGAGCGUUGCUGAUCCAUCCUCCCAGUCCGAUCCCGAUGUUGGCAGCGACGAAGACAACCAGGUCGAAACGACCCCAAGAGGACGUUCUGCUAAGCGAGCCACAGUGCCGGUGCGCAAGAAGGAAGACGGUGGCGAAGAGCUAUGGAAGUCUGGAGCAAAGCUUGAACUUGGCACCCAAGUGAUCAUCAAAAAGCCAAAGGCGCGAGAAGCGGGCGAUACUCCCUUCACAGAUGACACGAUCCACCCCAACACCAUGCUUUUCCUUAGCGAUCUAGCCGCUCACAAUGACCGCCAAUGGUUGAAAGCAUCUAGUUCUACUGCCAUGAAGCGAGACAAGACGUAUGCCAAGGAGCACAUUCUGCAUGUUUAG